GACCACACAGUGACACUGACACUUGACAUGAUAUUCAUUAUUUAAUUAAAUUUAAUAUUAAAGAUGUAUAAUUUUAAUGAGUAAUACAUUUAAACUGUUGUAAUAUAUCUCAUUAUUAUAUCAAGCCGCUUUCGUCAUUGCUGGAUAUAUACAUUACGUCAUUGGCUCCAAUUAUUUCGAACCUACUUAUUUAAAUGAUUCAUAUUUCAUUUGCAUUAAACUUGUAAAGAGAACUAAUUAGAAUACAGAUACCUAUCUAGCCAAGUGCCAACUUGCUGCACUACUCAAGUAAACGAAAAUACAAUAACAUUUAUAAAAAUAUCAGAAUAUCUGUUACUUGUUAGCUCAACUGUGUGGUUGAGUAAAUAUUCUUUGUUAGUGUCACCUUGUUAUUUGGAAAGUGAAAACGUACUUCUGUGUUAGCUACCAUGGAUUUGCUGCAACCAGAAGAUAAGAGAAAAGUUCCAGAUGUAUUACAAAAAAUACUUAGAAAUGACAUAAAACUAACAAAAAAAUUUGUAGAAAAUUCCCAGAGAAUUACAGCACUUAGAUCCUUGGCAAAUCAUGCAAAAUUUUUAGAGGUGUCUUGCCAUGGGAUAGUGUGGCUUGCAGGAUGGUUAACAUUCAUAUGGUUAUUUAACAACAGUGAAAUGUAUCAAAUUCAAGUCAAUAUGUUAAUUGCCUUGUUUUUAGAUAUAGUGGUUAUAGCUGUUAUCAAAGCUUUUGUAAGAAGAAGAAGACCUGUGCCAAUGAAUAAACUAAUCCCUGGGAAUCCGGACAAGUACUCAUUUCCUUCUGGACAUGCAAGCAGAGCUACAUUAGUUGCUGUUAUAUUGAUCUAUAUUGAACCAAUAUCUAUAAUAUUUUAUCCGCCACUUAUUGCUUGGGUCACAUCUGUAUCUAUAUCAAGAAUAUUACUAGAAAGACAUUACAUAUUGGAUGUUCUGGGUGGAAUAGGUAUUGGACUGAUAGAAGCAUUAUUCAUGAGUAUGAUUUGGUUGUCACAAAGCGGAUCUGCGUACAUUCUAAAUAUACUAUCUGAUGAAAAAAGAGAUGGGGGUGAAUUUCAUGUUUAAAUUUUCAUUACAGUGUGUUAUAUAGUGUUAUAUUAAUAUGUGAUUUUAAAUGAAUAUCUAGUUAACUAAUAAAAUAAUUUUCAACAUAUGAACAUAAUUGUGUAAGUUAUAUUUCUGAUAUUGUUUGUUAUUAAUUAAAAGCCUACCAAUAAAAAUUAUGAAA